AUGUGCUUUCGCACCUGCUGGCACAAGGAACAGGGUGUCUGGGGAUCCUGGGGACUUGCUGCUGCCUUCGCAUCCUCACUGCCGCUACCGUUUGUGCCAGACAGACUGAUGGUCAGGUAUUUGGCCAUACGAUACCCACUGCACUCGAGGGAGCUGAGGACGCCCAGGAACGCCCUCACGGCCAUCUGCUUCAUCUGGGGGCUUUCCUUCAUCUUCUCGGGCCCUUACCUCAGCUACUACCAGGAGUUCCAGUUGGCCAACCUGACCGUCUGCCACCCCGUCUGGGAGAUCUCCCAGCGCAAGGUCAUGGACACGUGCACCUUCAUCUUCAGCUACAUCAUCCCAGUGCUGAUCCUGAGCCUCACGUACGUGCGGACUAUUCACUACCUGUGGAGGUCCGUGGACCCUCUCCACGACGUGUCAGAGUCCAAGAAGGCCAAGCGGAAGGUCACCAGGAUGCUCAUCAUUGUAGCCGUCCUGUUCUGCCUCUGCUGGCUGCCCCACCACCUGCUCAUCCUCUGUGUCUGGUUCGGGUACUUCCCCCUCAAUCACGUUACGUACGUGCUCCGCAUCCUCUCGCAUCUCGUCUCCUACGCCAACUCCUGCGUGAACCCCAUCGUCUACGCCCUGGUCUCCAAACACUUCCGCAAGGGCUUCAAGAAGAUCUUCAUCUGCCUCUUGCACAAGAAGGCAGCCAACAAGGUGCAUGUGGCCCAAGUGAUGAACACAGUCAGCACGCUGGAGGCAGAGCUCAGCGAGGUGACCUCCAUCGGCGGAGCCCUGCCCGGCCGCUGCUCCGGGCGCUGCAGGGUCCCAGCCCAGCCCUGAGGGGAGGCAGAGCCGGUGGGACGGCAGCAGAAAGCAGAUGGGUCCUUUGUCACCUUCAAUGUCAUCCAGCACAGCUCCUUCCCACCCCACGGCUUUGCGGUCUCCUGCAGCAUCACAAGCCUGGGGAUGGGCUACGUUUUGGGUUAA